UGAAGCUAUUGGGCAGUAUGGUCCAAAUAUGAAGCCUCCUAGUUACCAUGAGUUAAGAGUUCCAAUUCUCAAAAAGGAGGUGGCUUACACAAAUGAGUUAUUGAGUGAUCACAAGCAAGAUUGGAAGAAAUAUGGCUGUUCUAUUAUGUCUGAUGGGUGGACUAGUAGAACCAAUAGGACCUUGAUUAACUUUUUGGUGAAUUUCCCAUCUGGAACCAUGUUUGUGAAGUCAAUUGAUGCAUCAUCUUUUAUGAAAACUGGGGAAAAAACUUUUGAAUUACUUGAUGCAUUUGUAGAACAGAUUGGGGAGGCUAAUGUAGUCCAAGUAGUAUCGGAUAAUGGAUCUAAUUAUGUGUUGGCUGGGAAGUUGUUGGAAGCAAAAAGGCCAAAUUUGUAUUGGACUCCAUGUGCUACACACUGCAUUGACCUUAUAUUGGAGGACAUUGGGAAAAUUCCUAGAAUUACAAAAUCUUUGGAAAGGGUCAUUCAAUUGACUGGAUAUAUCUACAACCAUGGGGGUGUCUUAAAUAUGAUGUGAGAAUACACAAAACAAAGAGAGCUGGUUAGGGCUGGAA